UGACAUUUAGGCAGGUUGAGUGUAAUGGGGAUACACCACCUGAAAACGGUAACCCACCAAUCCCCAAAACCAGUGAUGAGGUCAGAGAUGUGGAUGGCACCGCACCAUACUACAGGCUGGAACCAAGUCUUGAAGAUUUGCCCACAGAAGGAAAUCAGGAGAAAAGUGAAAAAUUACAAGGGAAGAUGCUGCUCAACUGGCCCAAGGAUGAGAAGACUCUAAAAGAAACCAGUGUUGAUGAAAUGACAUUCAGAGAAGGGCAUCCGUGGAAGAAGAUUCCUCUGAGCAGCAGUAACCAGGAAAUAAGUAGACAAAAGGAGAGGAUUGCUGAACAACCUCUAGAAGAACGAGAAGUUGGGGAUAGGAAGAGCAAAGCUUACCAGGCAACUGAAAUCGAAUGGCUGGGAUUUCGAAAAGCUGGCCAAGUUGAUGUGUUGCAUGACGAGGAGCAAGAGGUUUGGGAUGAAGAAACUAACAAUGAAGAUGAUGAUGAAGAUGAAGUUCGAGUGAUAGAAUUUAAGGAAAAACACGUAGAGGGUUCUCACUUCAAAGAGGAAGGUGAUCCAAGUGAGGAGUCCCCGCUGAGCAGCCCCAGUUCCCAACCUGUGACCCCUGAUGAGCAGCCACCUUUUGGGAAGAAGAGUGAUAUUUCCAGAAAUGCUUAUUCAAGAUACAACACAAUAUCCUACCGGAAAAUCAGGAAGGGGAAUACCAAGCAAAGAAUUGAUGAAUUCGAGUCUAUGAUGAAUUUAUAA